AUGGCGGCCACACUAACUCCAAUUCAAAUCUUCAAAUUCUCCCAUUCUCCGUUCCCACUUCAACAAACUUCAACCACUCUCUCCUUCCCGCCUUCCAUUUCAUCAUCCACCUCCCGCCGCAACAAACUCGUCCUCUCCGCCGCCACUUCCGGUGACACAACCGUUUCCCCCAACGGUCUUCCCCCUCCCCCUCCCCCUCCCCGAUCAAAAGUUCGGCGACACACGAUUUCGGUGUUCGUAGGUGAUGAGAGUGGAAUGAUUAACCGAAUUGCUGGAGUCUUCGCGCGAAGAGGUUACAACAUUGAGUCACUUGCUGUUGGUCUUAAUCAAGAUAGGGCUCUUUUCUCCAUUGUUGUUUCUGGAACUGAUAACGUUCUUCGCCAAGUUGUUGAGCAGCUUCAGAAGCUUGUCAAUGUUUUGAAGGUAGAAGAUCUUUCCAAUGAACCUCAGGUGGAACGUGAAUUGAUGCUCUUAAAAGUGCAUGCUGAUCCCCAAAACCGUGCUGAGAUUAAGUGGUUAGUGGACACCUUCAGAGCUAAGAUUGUGGACAUCUCAGAAGAUUCUGUGACGACUGAGGUUACUGGAGACCCAGGGAAGAUGGUUGCAGUUCAAAGAAGUUUUAGCAAGUUUGGAAUUAAAGAAAUAGCUAGAACUGGAAAGAUUGCAUUAAGAAGAGAAAAAAUGGGUGCAUCUGCUCCAUUUUGGCGGUAUUCGGCUGCUUCGUAUCCAGAUCUUGAAGGAAAAACAGCUAUUAAUGCCCUUGUUGGAAAGAAAAGCGUGAAUCCUGUUGACAAAACUGAUACGCCUGUGGGGGGAGAUGUUUAUCCCAUAGAGCCUUCAGACAGUUUUACAGUCAAUCAAGUACUUGACGCUCAAUGGGGUUUUCUUCAUGAUGAAGAUACUAGCGGAAUACGAUCACACACUUUAUCCAUGCUUGUGAACGAUGCUCCCGGAGUUCUGAGCGUUGUUACAGGGGUCUUUGCUAGAAGGGGCUAUAACAUUCAGAGUUUAGCUGUUGGACACUCAGAAAUUGAAGGAAUUUCUCGGCUUACGACUGUGGUUCCUGGUACAGAUGAGUCAAUCAGCAAGUUGGUGCAGCAACUCUAUAAGUUAGUGGAACUGCAUAAGGUCCAAGAUAUAACCCACCUGCCUUUUGCUGAGAGAGAGUUGAUGCUAAUAAAGAUUGCUGUAAAUGCUGCCGCACGACGUGAUGUUCUUGAUAUUGCCAGCAUUUUCAGGGCUAGAGCUGUUGAUGUGUCUGAUCAUACUAUAACCCUCGAGCUUACUGGAGAUCUGGACAAGAUGGUUGCAUUGCAAAGAUUGUUAGAACCAUAUGGCAUUUGCGAGGUGGCGCGAACUGGGCGCAUAGCACUGGCCCGCGAUUCAGGUGUGGACUCCAGAUACCUGCGUGGAUAUGCUUUUCCUUUGUAA